AUGCCGCAGAAUCAUGAGCCAGCUUCACCCGCGCAGCCAACCGAUAAUGACAAUGAGAUCGACGUGAUAUCGAGCAGCGAUGAGUCGGAGCCGAUUUUUGUGCCUAAAGAGAAGGACCCGAUUGUGAUACGAGGUGUCGGCAAUAUCACUGUAUUCGGUCUCAAUUCGCGUUUCAACACCGAUUAUCCGCCGGAACUCACCGGCUAUAUAGCGCCGGAAGAGCUCACCGCGACACUGAAUCGCGUCAAUAAUGUCCUUAAGCGGCAUUUACAGACGUCGAGUCGAUGGCUGCUGUGCGGCCUCGCGUUGUGCUGUUGCUCAUUGGGCUGCUCGAUGUGGCCGGUGUUGUGCUUGAAUCGAAGGACAGUACUCGCUCUUGAAAAAACUCUAGACCAUGAGAAUGUGUCGCUUUAUCACAAAUUAGGAUUGCAUUGGUCGCUGGCGAGACGCGCCACCGAGCCGACGGAUCGGCUCACCGAGUAUGUGCUCGAGCUCAAAAUUCUGCCGAAAGCGGCGAUCAGUUUGCCGGAUUAA